AUGAGCUCUCCAAACGGCAAAUCACAGGGCCUAAAUCCCACGAAGGUGUUGGAGAAGUAUGGGGGGUCCGAAAACGAUACCACGGACGAAGAAAUGCUGUUAGGGUGUUAUGGUGACACCUCUAAUCAGUACAAUAGUUUGGCACAUUUUACAAGCCUUGACAAGGUGAUUUAUUCGGGAAUACAGGGAUUUCGAGCAAGUCCCAUUGAUGAUAAUAUGAAGGACGGUGUUAAUUUGAGACGAAAAAUGAGUCCUUUGGUUAAGAGAGCUUAUCAAGGGUACCUACCAGAGUACAGGCUUAAACAAGGACCGCUCUUGGAAAGACUAGCAAAGGACAUUGAGGUGUUUGAUAGAACACAGCAUGGAAAGCAGGAUACUUUGGCGCAUUUUCUUUCCUCAUACAGGCAUUUACGAAGCAAACGAAGAUACUUCCAGGGGAACAUCAACUAUUAUAACAUGUUCAAUAAGGAGGUGAAGGAUUUCUACGAGUUUAGACGAAGCUAUAAUGAGAUCGAGAUGAAACAAGGCAGCAUUGGAAUUGACGGUUCUCUGAGAUACAGUACUCAUAAAAGGGAUGACGAUCCAUUACAACGUACCAGAUGGGACCAAGAAGAGAAGGAGAUAUUCUUUGGAGCAUUGGCAAGAUAUUCGAUCCAUAGACUGGACGAAAUUAAGAAGCAUCUCCCAAAAAAGUCGUGUGUUCAAAUAUUAGAUUACUAUCAUUUGCUUAAAAAGACCCUUCGACGAUACAAAAGAGACCCCAAGAAGAUACAGUCGCUAGUAGCUAUGAGUGAAAUUCCCAUAGCAUAUGAGAUGAGUGAUGAGUUUAUUGAAUUUGAAGAAAGUCAGGCUAGUCUAAUGAUUUCUCCGUGUAACAAACGAGUUCAGUCUAAAGUAUCAAGUUCCAAGAAGAUCGCUGCCAUGCAUAUAUUUCGACCGCAUCAAGAUCUAAUUGACUGGGAUAAAUUGGCUAAGAUAGCUGAAGCUUUUGAAGAUAAGAAGAGAUCCGCUGAUAAUCCUGAUGUCAACAUUCCAGAUUCAGUUCAGAUCUUAAUCAAAGAUCUCAUUGUUGAUCUUAUAUAUCGAACACUUCUUAAGAUUACAGAGAGGAAAAUUUGUGAGUUAUCAGUAUCGAAACUGAAGGAAACUCGUCGAAUGAGUAUAGAUAUUACACGAGAGGAGAUAAAUACAGCUUUUGGGAAGCUAACUACCCGCAAUUUCAAUAUUGAGGAAUUCUGGAGUGAAUAUUUCCACGAACCACCUAAUAAGAAGAGAAGGGUGGAAUCUGUGGAUCCUGAAGAUGUUUACAACAGCCAGGAAAUCGAAAGACAUGCUGAUUUACAGAAUAGCGUGGAAAUUGAACAGAAGCAGCCACCACCGUCCUUUGACUUUAAUACUGCAGUGAGGAACACUAGACCAAUCGAGGUAUUGAACUAUGUUGUUCCUGAGAUGCAUACUUAUCCAGAAGAUCUACAAGCGCAGAAUAUUGAUCCUCUACUAUGGAAGGAAAUAGAUGAAGCUAAUGAGGUUCCUGCCUUGGCCGAAGAUGAAGAAACAACUGAAGACGUUGAGAUUUCAGAAAAAUUGAUGUUGAUGGAAAGUGCUCUACUUGAGAGAUUGGAUCAUGAGGCCUCUGUUAAGUACGAGAGCAUUGUACUCGGAUACAUGCAGGCCCAUCCAGAUCUUAUAGACAUGAAUCACAGGGAUUUAUGCUCCUAUUAUAUUCUCAGUAAGUACUAUCCUAAGGAUCUUCCCUUCUAUUACCACGAUGAUCUUUCAUUUGUAAAGGAAGAGCAGAGGCUAAUCCAAGAAAGAGAGGAGGAAAAUGCUAAAGAGGCUGUCGCAACUGCAGUGUUGGAGCGAGCAGAGGCACUGAAUGCAUGUCAAAAGAAUAAGAAAAGACUUAAAAAAAGACUCAAUCAAAGUAGUACUAACGCCAACGUUCACCAAUUGGACAAGUUACGUAACCAGUUGAAAGAGCAGGAAAGCGUGAUGGAAACACUCAAAAAGUCUCGUGAUUUAAUGCCAAUCUAUGAUAAUACAGGUAAAUCUGAAUUGAUCAAAAUAGCUUUACUUUAUGGCGACGGGAAAGUCACCUACGCAUACUACAAUGAGAACGACCCCUAUGAAAUGCCCAUGUUCGAUGAAAUCACUGACGAGAUGCUACUUCUUCAUAAUUACCAGUUCAGUGAGUAUUAG